AUGGCUUAUGAUCAGAACUCGGCCUACGAGCCGCCGCGGCGAGGGUAUAUGGAGCAGCGACAGCAAGCUUCAAAUCCCGCCUACAGUACCCAUGGAUAUGAUGACCAGUAUAAUCAAGGCAACACUCAGCCUUACCACCAACAUCAGCGCGGAGCGGGAGGCUACGAUUACGGCUAUAGUCAGGAAUUGAACGCACCGCAAGAGCAUAUGUACAACGAAGGCGGCUACGGGAUCCAGGGCGACGGACAACAAUGGCAGCAAGAGCAAGCUCGAAGCUACGAUCCGAGAUACCAGCAGAGACCUCAGCGAGGCCCUCCUCCGCAGCAGCAUGCAAGACCAGGUCCGCAGUCAAGAGGGCCGCCUCCGCCCGCGCGAGGUGCAUAUCAAGGAGACCCUAGAGGCCAGCCGCGACAGAACGGCCACCCUCCACCUCAGAGAUCCAGAGACCCGUACGAGCAGCCCGUAAAUUAUCAUGAACCAGCAAGGAGACCGCACAAUGGCUACGAAGAGCAGAACGGGUAUGACGCGCAAUCUCAAAGAGGGUACGCACCGCAGAGGUCCAAGGACCCAUAUGAGCAGCAAAAUGGGCAAUAUGCCCCACCGCGUCAAGCCGAGCGACCAAGAGAUCCGUAUGCUCAGUACGGUGAACGCCCUAAGCAGAACGGACAGUAUCCACCGCAAGAUCCCAGAGGCGGACAGAUAUCACAAAAGCCAUCCGGUCCACCUCAGGCCAGCGGAAAAGGCAGGACGUCAAUGGAGGAGUGGAAGGCACAGGAGAAGGCAAAGAUGAAGAAGGCGGCAACGUCUCCAGAAACUCUACCCUUUGACAACGCGUUCCCCGUGUUCGGCAAGAAAUCAGAUCGUUCGUCAGACAAAUCUGGAGGCGCGAGCAUACCAAGCCAGAGAGGCAGUGUGGAGCAAGGCUAUGGAAGGCCACCAACAUCAAAUGGCCAACGACCAGCCACGUCGCGAGAAAACAGCUACAGACACGACAAUGAUGUUCAAUCGCCGCCUCGAAGACCUGAUUUGGAUCGUCAAUAUUCCACAGACGCUCCGCAAAGACAGCAAACAACUUACAUACAUCCACAAGAACAACGACAGGUACGUGUGUUACCUGGUUUCCUAGUUUCUGAAGAACUGCAGCAGCGUGGGCUGUAUUUUCUGUAUCGAACACGCAAGACACUCGUUUUGUCUCUGAUCCGUUGUUAUGCACGAGAUUCUCACAUUUUCGCAGGCGCCGCACGGUCUCUUAACUCCGACACGAGAUGAGUAUCCCGACCAGUGGCCGAUGACUGCCGGACAGACUCCCCCCAAGGCUCAAUCCGACCGACGGUCUCCGCCACGUUCCAACGUGCAUGAUCCAAGUUAUCCCUCUCAGGCGCAGGAACCACGGUAUCAGCAAGGUUUCGAACGACCAAAUCAGGCGCCUCCCUCGCAAAGCUUGCCGAAGCAACGUGGCCCACCUCCAAUCGACACAAAUCAGAUUCCACGGCGUCCGCUCUAUGCAGACCCUCAGCCUUUCAGCCCAGCUCAUGUCCCUCCCCGUCCCUCGACGUCGCAAGGCCAGCGACCUGCACCGCAUCAACAACCGUCAAGCCCUCUUGCACAGCACUCUCAAUCCGGUAUACCACAAGGAAGUUACGCGAGCCUGCCCGAGCAAUCGGCGAAGCGCUGGCCAGAGGAGCACGCACAGCACGGCAGUCUCGAGGACAUCUACGAUCAUUACAAUACUACUCCACCGCGUGCGAUCAAGCGCGCUCCUACAUCUCGAGAGGAAGAGAUCGAGGCUGAAAUGCCCGAUUUCGACAGUGCUGCGCCUGGACAAACCUCCAACCUACACAGGCGAAUUCAGCCAGCCGACAAGCAAACGCAAGAAGCGCCAGCAGCCGCUCCUCCGCCAAUGCAGAGAAUGCAAACGGCGCCUCCAAGUUCGAUGCCACCUUCGCAGUCGGCGCACGACCUUCAUUACGCCCAGAAUCCGUAUGGACCACGACCUGGUACGGCAGGGCCACUGCGAGGCCCACCCAGACGUGGCAUGACAGAUCCCCAUAACAAUAGCGCUAGUUCUACGCCGAUGUCUGCGAGAGGCCAAAGGCAACACGACAUCCCUUACAGGAAUCAGCCGCCGCAGAACGCCAUGUAUCCACAGGAUGCGCCGUUGCCGCCCCCUAAUGCUCCUUACGCAAAUGACAUGCCUGUUAGGCGGUCUUUGGAUGAUGCAAGAGGGCCUCCUGGCCGGCAAGGUCCCGGUCCCGGUCCGCGAUUCCCUCCAAAUGGCGCCCAGCCAAGAGGGAUGUACCCGCCGCAGCGGCCUGGGUUCGACGGCCAUCCCACAGCGCAGACGGUGUGGUCCGAUCCAGGCCUGGAAAGGGUUGGAAGCGCUCCCCCACCACAAGAUGCUCUGGCGGAGCGUCCUGGCAUGAAUACUGGCGUUCCGCUGACACAGCAACGCUCUGCACCUGAGCAGCCGGGACAGGGCAGUAAUCCUGACGCACUUCCCCAUCAUCCGACACCAGUUCGACCAGGUCUGAUGCAGCAAGGUCAACCUCAACCGAACAAGCCAUCGCCUGUACGGAACUAUGACGGUGCUCAAGGAGGUGCUCCACAUCAACGGCAAGCUUCUGUAGACCCAUUUGCUCAGCAGGUCACGCAUGCCGAAUUGGAACGGCUUCGAAACGCGGUCGACAAAGGUCCAAACAACCCCAAGCAGCAUCUGGUAUUGGUCAAGAAGCUGGUGGAGGCAUGUGCUGUUCUCGCACCAGAGGGUGGGCGUGCUGAUGCGAAAACGACCGCCAAGAAUCGCGAGCGCUAUACACACGAAGCUUACAAACGUUUAAAGAAGCUCGUGGCUGGCGGAUAUGCCGAGGCUCAAUUUUACAUGGCGGACUGCUACGGCCAAGGAAUGCUUGGGCUGGAAGCCGACACCAAGGAGGCAUUCAAGCUAUAUCAGGCUGCUGCGAAAGCUGGCCAUGCUCAAGCAGCGUAUCGAACGGCAGUCUGCUGCGAAAUGGGCCCAGAGGAGGGCGGCGGAACCAGCAAAGACUUCGCGAAAGCAGUGCAGUGGUAUCGUCGCGCAGCUGCUCUUGGAGAUCCUGCAGCUAUGUACAAGGUCGGAGCUGUGAUGCUCAAGGGCUUGCUGGGACAACCGAAAAACAUCACAGAAGCUGUGACGUGGCUCAAGCGUGGAGCGGAAAGAGCAGACUUGGACAAUCCGCAUGCGCUGCACGAGCUUGCGACCAUUUAUGAAAGUGCGAACAAGAAUCCAGAGAUCAGGAACAAAGUAACGCCGGACGAUGCCUACGCGAAGAACUUGUUCAUGCAGGCUGCAAAGCUCGGCUUCAAGGCUUCUCAAUUCCGACUGGGCCAGGCAUACGAGUACGGUGAUCUUGGACUUCCCAUCUCGAACAGAGAUAGUAUCGCAUGGUAUACGAAAGCGGCCUCUCAAGGCGAACACCAGGCCGAGUUGGCGCUUUCUGGUUGGUAUCUGACGGGAGCAGAAGGGAUUCUCGAGCACUCGGAUACCGAGGCGUAUCUGUGGGCGCGCAAGGCAGCGAGCAGUGAAGGCGGACCUCAAGUGGCCAAAGCCAUGUUUGCCAUGGGCUACUUCGCCGAGAAUGGCAUUGGAUGUCCAGCGAGCAUGGACGAGGUAAGUCGAUACAGUCUCAGGAUUAAUGCAGUGAAGCUUUGCUAACCUUAAGGACUAGGCAAGAAGAUGGUACGGUCGAGCGGCAAGCUACAAGUUCCCUAAGGCCAUCGAACGACUGGAGGAGCUGAAGAAAGGCGGCAAGAGUUCACGGCCAGCGCCGGCUAACGGGAAACUGACUCGAAAGGAUCAGAAGCAUAACGAAGAGAACUGUGUCGUGAUGUGA